AUGAUGCAAGUGUCCGGUGAAGCAGUAUACUGUGAUGAUAUGCCCUUUAUCGACGGAGAGCUUUUUUUGGUUUUGGUGACUAGUCCUAGAGCACAUGCAAGAAUCAUAUCUUUGGAUCCAACUGAAGCACUAAGCAUGCAAGGAGUUUGUGAUGUUAUCACUGCAAAAGAUGUUCCAGGAGAAAAUGAAUUUUCUUAUUAUGAAUGGCCUGACAGGUUAAUGGCAGGUGAUGAGGUCCUGUGUGUUGGUUACAUAGUUUGUGCAGUGGUUGCGGAUACACCGGAGCAUGCCAAAAAAGCAGCUAAAAAGGUGAAGAUCAUCUAUGAAGAUAUAGAACCUGUGAUACUCACUAUAGAGGAUGCAAUAAAACACAAUUCUUUCUUUGAACCAGAAAAGGGGCUAAAUUAUGGAGAUGUUGAUGAGGCGUUUAAAACGGCAGACAACAUACUUAAAGGUGAGAUACAUAUUGGAGGCCAGGAGCAUUUCUACAUGGAGACUCAAAGUAUUCGUGUUAUCCCCAGAACAGAGAACCAGGAAAUUGAGAUAUAUGCAGCAACACAGGAUCCAACAUACAUGCAGAGCCUGGUGGCCAAAGCUUUAGGCAUACCCUCCAAUCGCGUCAGUUGCCAUGUGAAAAGGAUUGGUGGAGCGUUUGGUGGAAAGAUUGUGAAAACUGCCUACAUAGCGGCAAUCGCAGCUGUGGCGGCUAAAAAAAUCAAGCAUCCUGUUCGCUGCAUUCUAGAGCGUGGUGAAGAUAUGCUUAUAACUGGAGGACGACACCCCUAUCUUGGAAAAUAUAAGGUGGGAUAUAUGAAUGAUGGCAGAAUCGUAGCAGCUGAUGUCGGUUUAUACAGCAAUGGUGGAUGUUCGGGAACAGAAUCAGUAGUUAUAAUGGAGAUGUCAGUGCUUCAGACAGAUGUUUCUUACUAUACCCCUAAUCUGAAAUGCUAUGGAAAAGUAUGCAAGACCAAUCUGCCAUCCAAUUUAUCAUUUAGAGGAUUCGGGUUUCCACAGUGUGCUCUCAUCACAGAAGUAUGGAUUGAUGAAGUUGCUUCCAAGUGCAAUUUACCAGCUCAUCAGGUCAGAGAGCUGAACAUGUACAGGAAAGUCAUUACAACCCCUUACAAGCAGGUGUUUGAUACUACCAAUCUGACAAGAUGCUGGGAGAGUUGUAUGGAACGUUCAGCAUACCACACCAGGAGGGAAGAUAUAAAACAGUUCAACAUAGGGAAUCCUUGGAUAAAACGAGGCAUAGCACUGAUACCCUUGAAAUUUCCUGUUGCCUUUAGUGCUGCCUUUCAAAAUCAAGCAGCAGCAUUAGUUCAUAUCUACUGUGAUGGUUCAGUUCUAGUAUCACAUGGAGGCACUGAGAUGGGACAAGGCAUUCACACCAAAAUUACUCAGAUUGCCAGCCGUGAACUGGGAAUACCUAUAUCAUACAUCCACAUCUGUGAAACAAGUACCACCUCUGUCCCCAAUACUAUUUCCACUGCUGCCACUGUUGGGACAGAUGUAAAUGGGAUGGCAGUUAAGAAUGCUUGUGAGAAACUUCUAAAACGACUUGAACCCAUUAGCAGCAAAAAUCCUGCAGGUUCUUGGGAAAAUUGGGUCAGUGAAGCUUUUUUUCAAAGAAUAAGCCUUUCUGCCACUGGAUAUUUCAGGGGAUAUGAAACUUAUAUGGACUGGGAGAAAGGUGAAGGUCGGCCAUUUGAAUAUAGUGUCUAUGGGGCUGCCUGUUCUGAGGUGGAAGUCGACUGCCUAACAGGAGAUCAUAAGAACAUCAGAACAGACAUUGUAAUGGACACUGGUUGCAGCAUUAACCCAGCUGUGGAUGUAGGACAGGUUGAAGGAGCAUUUGUGCAAGGUAUUGGGCUCUACACAACAGAGGAACUAAAAUACUCUCCAGGUGGUUCUCUGCUAGCGAAUGGACCAGGAGAAUACAAGAUCCCUUCUGUAUCUGACAUUCCUAGAGAAUUCAAUGUAUCACUGCUUUCUUCAUCUCAGAACCCAAACGCUAUCUACUCCUCCAAGGGCAUUGGGGAAGCAGGCCUUUUCCUAGGAUCUGCUGUGUUCUUUGCAAUUAAGGAUGCUUUAUCAUCUGUCCGAAAGGAAAGAGGCUUGUCGAGCACUUUUACACUGAACAGCCCUGCUACUCCAGAGAGGAUACGUAUGGCUUGUGGAGACAAGUUCACUGAUAUGGUAACUGCUUUACAUCUUGCUUUAGAUCUUAAAUUUUACUGCAUUACUGUGAUUGACAAACCAAGCCUUAUGCGUGAAGUGGCUGGCCAGAAACAAGGACUUAUGUUGUGUUCAGACCUAUUGUUAAAAAAAAAAAAAAAAAAAAAAACACUAGAAAUUACUGCUGGGUCACUUUCCUUUAGAACACUUUUUAUAUAA